CAACAUUGAUGUAGUAUUAGCUUCGAACAAAUCCUCUCCGGAUCUUCAGCGACACCCACCGAGCUCAUUUGCCUCUCUCACAAUUUCGCUUUCUUGUCCAAACUCAACCCAAGACCAGACUAUGCUGUUAUCUCGCAGUUAUGGAGCUUGGCUUGUCCUCUUCCUCCUCAUUUCACCCGCCUUCAUUGCUCCUUCCAUGUCUCAGAUCGAUUCCCAUUGGGCUGCUAAGAAGAGGCACAUGAGAGAGAAAGUUAGAAAAAUGUUCUAUCACGCAUAUGAAAACUACAUGAAACACGCGUUCCCGCAUGAUGAGUUGAAGCCUCUUACCAAAAGCUUCACAGACUCUCUUAGCGAGCUUGGAAAUUUAAAGCUUCAACACUUACCGCGAAACUAUAAUGGAUCUGCCCUUACACUUAUUGAAUCAUUGUCCAGCCUUGUUAUCAUGGGAAACAACACAGAAUUUGAAAGGGCAGUUACAUGGCUAUCUGAAAACCUGACUUUCAACAUUGAUGCCAGGAUAAAUCUUUUUGAGUGCAACAUAAGAGUUCUUGGAGGACUUAUUUCUGCUCAUAUUCUUGCAACUGAUUCCACAAACAGGUUGGUUCAAGGGUGUUACAAAAAUCAGCUGCUUAAUCUUGCUGAAGAUUUGGGGCGCCGCUUUUUACCUGCUUUCGAUACACCAACUGGGUUACCAUAUGCCUGGGUUAACUUAAAGUACGGAGUAAUGGAGGAUGAGACGCCUGAAACAAGCACUUCAGGGUGUGGUUCUCUGAUUCUUGAAAUGGGAGCAUUGUCACGAUUAACUGGUGACCCCAGAUACGAAUCUGCAGCUUUACGUGCUCUACGAAAAUUAUGGAGCAUGCGCAGUUCCUUAAAUCUACUAGGAACAACACUAGAUGUAACAACUGGAGAAUGGAUUGAAUAUUCAUCUGGCAUUGGUGCUGGGGUUGAUUCAUUCUAUGAGUAUCUGUGCAAGGCGUAUAUUCUAUUUGGAAAGGAGGACUAUUGGAGAAUGUUUCAUUCUGCUUAUCUUGCAGUACAGAAGUAUUUCAGACAUGGUCCAUGGUACCAUGAAGCUGAUAUGAGGACAGGAAAAGCAACAUAUUGGCAACUUACAAGUCUUCAAGCCUUUUGGCCUGGUUUACAGGUUCUUGUUGGGGAUAUUGGAGCUGCUAAUUCAUCACACCGUGAAUUCUUUUAUGUAUGGAAGAAAUUUGGAGUUAUACCGGAAAGGUAUUUGUUGGACCAUCAGAUGUUACAUCCUACUGAAAAGUAUUAUCCCCUGCGGCCGGAGUUGGCAGAGUCCACAUUCUACCUCUAUCAAGCAACCAAAGAUCCAUGGUACAUACAAGUUGGCGAAUCAAUUGUCAAUUCUCUUAAUUUGUACACCAAAGUAAAAGGUGGUUUUGCAAGUGUUAGAGAUGUGACAACAAUGCAAUUGGAAGAUCAUCAACAUAGCUUCUUUCUCGCUGAAACGUGUAAAUAUUUGUAUCUUCUUUUUGAUGAUUCUUUUUUGGUUGAUCGGAAUUAUAUUUUCACAACCGAGGGUCAUCCUCUUCCAAUAUUAAGUUCUUGGCAUGAGAGGCUUCCGGCAGCAUACAUUCCUACGAAUUGGACUUAUGCAAAGAGUGAACAGCAAACAAGACGUGCAAGUGCGAUGUCUCUACAAGUCUGUCCUGCAAUAACUUUGAGAUCAGGAUAUGGUGUCCAACAGGUUGAGAGUGCAUGCCACAUCCCUGAUUCUCGUGCCGAUCAUAGGUGUUUCAGUGAUGAGGAAUGUGGAAUUGACUCUAGUACGUGUAGAAGAAGAUCAUGCAGCAUGGCUGGUUACUGUGGGUUGUGGAUCCAAUGAUCACUGAAGAUCAAAAGCAGGCCAGGGUUUGACAAGCUGGAAUGGAUAGGGUCAUCAGGAGACUUGAAAUCCAGCUGGAAUAGAGACGCCGAUGUUGAACAGCGCAAACUGCCUGCUCUUCCCAUUCCCCAAACAAGUUUUUGUCAGUGUCCUUACUCUCGGGAUUAGGAUUUUGUUUAUUCUCCAUCCUUGUUAACGUUCAAUGUUUGCUAAAUUCAAUCGGUGCUGGAACAUGUACCUCUUCAAUUAGAUUAAUUUAAUUGAUUUGUUUAAAACAAAAUUGAGUCUCAAUUUAUUUGUAUUAAACUGUUUUUCGAAUUAAUAUUUUAAUUACUUA